CCGGGGCUGGGCUCAGAGCCCCGAGCGCUCCGCCUGGGUGGUGCCGGGCUCGCCCUGAGUGAGGGAGCGGCUCGGUUCGUCCGCGGUGUGCGCCUGGCGGGGAGAGCGCGGCUGGUGAAGCGCCGCGGGCACCGGGGCGGGCCGGCUGCCCUUGGAUCUUAUUCACCGCCGAUCGGGGCAGGCGGCGCGGGUUCCGGCGGAGCGGCACCACCGGGCUGGCUGCUGGCUGCUCCCGACCUCGGCAGGGCAGCCCCUGCGGCGGGGCUGGCGCGGAGGCCGGCUGCCAUUAACCCCGGUGCCCAGCAGCAGGGGCUGGUACUUGUCCUGGCUUCAGGCGUGUACUAGGGCACGCUUGUUUUAACAGUGUAAACAGCAAAUCCGUGAGCCUCGUAAGCAAUCCUGAGGCUCGCUAAGGGGUCUCCCAGGAGAUGAGUCGAAGGGAACGGGAGAGAACAGAUGUAUUGUGGAGAGGAGGAGGAGGAGGAGUAGGGGAAGGAGUAGGAGGGCUGCAGCCCGCGCAGGGCUGUGUGUGCCCCACUGCCUUCCUCACAUGUGAGUCCUGGGUGGAUCCUGCACGGCACUGAGAGCAGAUUCUGUACUUUGUGCAGCAGCUGCGGAAAGAACACUUGGAGAGUUCAGCACUUUUGCUCUCAGGCCCUGCAGAGAACCCGUAAGGGGAGGUUGACUUCUCGCUAGGUUGGAUUCCCAGCGGGCACAGAGGUGGCCUUCAGUAAACAGAUUGAGAUGACUGAGGAAGGAAGGCUGCUCAGUUAAAAAGCUGUUGGAAUAUGAAGGACCGAAGGGCUUCCCUGAGCUAUAGUGUUUCUGAGCUGAGUUUACUAGUCAUGGUGAACCAGGAUAAGGUCUGGCCCUUGACAUCUAUGUUCUUUCAGGGUUGUGCAAGGGUAGUGAUGCUCUUGGUGGUAUCAUCAGUCUUGAUGUGAGGGAAGAUAAGGGGUGGGCUUUGUGGAUGAGUCUUGGUUAUGGACUUCAUUCAUGCAUUUGAGUACUCUGAAGGUCUGCUGCUCACUAACUGCUCUCUUUUCUUUCAAACAUACUUGUUUUUGACGCUAUAGCAAAGUGCAGGCCUUGAUUGAUGUGUACAGAAAAAGAGACAUCUGUGCAAAUAAGCUGAAACUGGGAGGAGGUGUGGAUGGCAGCAGAGUCAGAAAAAUAAUCCUGGAACCAGGACUGUGUUGCAUCUGCCCAUUGCUUGUUCAUCUUGCAUGGAAGAAGAGGCCACUUUGUUUCUGUAAUUCUUUAUUGUGUGUAUAGCUCCAGGGUGUGGUAGUAUAUGCAUGUACAUGUUUUGAAGUGUAAUUCGCUUCUGAACUAAUAGUACAUCUGGAAGAAAAACAGGAAAAGGAAACUACCAAGCAGGUGUAACUUAGAAAUAAGUGAUAGAAAAGUAGUGCAACUGAAAUUGCAGAAAAAAAUAGUUUUCAUGAACAGCAGCUACCAAGAUUUCCUGGAUGUAAUGUGAAAGGUCUUCCCUGGGUAAAUUCUGGAUCUUAUAUAAGGAAUUUUCAGUUCAGAAUUUUUAUGAAAAUUGUAUUUUAAUAGUCUGAGUUCUCUCCUUUAGUGGAGUGUGGUGUUCUCCAUCACAUGUCUCUCUUAUCUAGGAAAGUUAAUUUUUAUUACACAGCAAGUGUUCAGGUAUAGUGCAGUUGCAGAAAACCUAAUUAAAUACUUGGAAAAAAUGGUAAGAGUUAGCUCUUUAAAGCCGGGCAGUAAGUAAACGCUUCUGCUGUCAUGUAUGAUUCUUUAGGUUUUAAAUCUUUGGCUAGAAUUUUUGUUUUUCAAAAUCUAGGUAUGUAAUUUUUCUUAUCUUAUUAUUUGGUAUAUGGAGUGUACCACUUGCAUCUUCUCAUGCACUCUCAGGUUCAGUUUUUAUACUGAGUUAAAUCUGUUGAAAUGCUCUUUUAUUGUUAAAAACUAUUAAAUGUUUUUAACAAACACUUUACCCAUUUUAACAACUAUAUCACUAUGAUACAUGUGGACUUUCUGUUUAAUGACAGAUCCUUAGGGAUCAUUUUUGAGUACACAGGGAAGCAUCUCAUGCAGCUGCACUAUUGGAAAGUGAAAUGUAUAUCCUUAUAUGAAGAGCCUUAAUUUGUGUCUUAUGUGCUAACUCCAGUUCUCUCUUUCUCAGAGCCUACCAGCUCCCAGGCAUUUAGAGGACUGCAUGUCCUAAACUGCUGUAUGGUUAUCUGAUGCGAGAGCCCAUGAUUUUGGCUUUUAGAUGUUGGAAAAGGGCUGGAGAAAAUUCUGAAAAACCUUCUGGGGCUGUCUGGGUACUACAGUAUGGUUCACAAGAAGGAUCUGAAUUCUAGGAGGUCUUCUGCUCUGGAUCCUGCUUCCAUUAACACCAUGGAGCAGAAACCUAUGGCCAAGGAAUGGAGCUGGCUGUGAAAACUAUGUGAAAGUUUCUGGAGAGCCUUGUCUGUUUUUCCAAGGGGUGAGGCCAGCGCACUAUCCACUGGGCUCUUUUUGCAGUGUGGAUCCUAUUAACAACUUCCUUCUUCCACAUGGUGCCACACUAAGACUAACUUUAUGCCUCAGGGGAAGCCCCCCAGUGCUGUGUAAUAGCCUGCUCUUCUGUCUCUGGACAAGUGCUGCAAGUUGACUGUGAAGCCAAAUGGUGAGUGUAGGGACAAGUGUAGGGACACUUAGUGACUUGCUGGCCUUAUGGCAGUACCAUCACUGCUCUGUGGGGGGAUUUGGAUUUGGUCCCCAAGGGUUUCAGGACUUGGCUUUGGGGAAGUGGUUGCUACCAGGUGUCCCCAAGAAUCUCUCAUGAAGGGCAUCUCAGUGGAUGGCAGCAAUCGAAUGUGGGUCCUCUGUCCCUGCUAGGGCUGGGAAGUCGGUGAGAGCUGUGAAUGCUGAGAGGCUGUCCUGGGGAGCCAUGGAUGGAGCGCUGGCUUUUGGGGCUGCUGAGCUCCUGUGGGAAAUGCUUUAAGCUCGCUGAGUCAUAGGAGUCAGUGCCUGCUGUUACCAUAGAAAUCGGAUCAGCUGUUAGGGGUGGGGAGUCGUGGUCCUUGGCUCCACUGCUGCGUGGUUCCAGCAUGAGCUCACGGUGCUAGGGAACCUGAUUUCUUGCUCCUUGCCCUGUCGAGAUCAGAGGAGGUGGGGCAGCUCUGGCAGACCUGACAAGAGGACAGGGAAAAUAAUUUUGUUUGGAUCUUUGCAUGGCUGCAGUGGUGGGACCCUGUGUGUCUGAUGUGCUGUGUUGAUGACCUGCUGUCUGUAUAUGUCAUGCUCUUUCAUGUUUUGGGAAACAUUGCAUUUGAUUAGCAAUAGCUUCUAGUCCUUUGGGAGCCCCAGAGAGGUGAAAACUGGUUGUAAACUGGUGAGUAGCAGAUAAGGGAGGACAGGAAGUAAAUAAUAAGCUUGGAAUGGUCCAAAGGGAGAAGAAAAACACUGAAUAUCCAAUUUCCUGUGCUCUCAAAAUGUAUCCCCAAGCUUGGUGGCAAGUAUAGACCUGAGCUUGGACGUGACACCUUGCAAAGCUCAAUUUCUCACAGAUUUCAUCCUCUGUGCUCAGUCUGAGUAACUGUUUCAUUGUUUCCUCUGGAUGAAUAUACGUAUUCAAGAUCUAGGGAUGGAAGAUGCAAAACAUCGUUGCCCCCUCUCCAUUCUGCUAAAGGAAAUAGCUUUACUGUGAAUAUACUUUUCACACUAGGGUGUUGUGCCUCCUCAGAUAGUCUUUGAACCUUUUGCUCUCCUCAUAAAGCAAAAUAAGCACAAGCAUCUCUGUGAAACAAUGUUAUAGAGACUCUUGCUGAUGCAAAGUGUCCCUUGGUUUUUCUACAGUUCCUCUUGGCUUGCUGCCUGCUGACCACUGAAAUACUGUCCAUGUGGUCUGUUUGAGCAGUCCAGAUCUAUAUAGUUGUCCUUUUUAAUGUUUCCUUGCUUACUUCCAGGAGACUGAAUUCAGAGGAUAACAGCUGCUUCCCAAGGAUUGUCCCUAAGAGUUGGUACUCUUAGGAGGUCCUGUAUGCUGUGCUAGCUCAGCUGCAGCUUUAAUGUAUCUUCCGCUUCAGAUGAGGUCUGUGUUCUAGACACAGUGAAAUAAACUGCGGUAUUUGGGGACCAUGGCUACAGACCCACUCUCGGAGCUUCAGGACGACCUGAACUUUGAUGAUACCAACCAGUCCCUCAGCCAGCUCAAACUAGCCUCCAUAGAUGAUAAGAACUGGCCAGCAGAUGAAGUCCCUGCUUUUCCCAAAUCAGAUGAUUCCAAAGGCUCCCCUGAGCCAGUCACUCACCUGCAGUGGGAUGAUCCCUACUAUGAUAUCGCCAGGCACCACAUUGUGGAAGUAGCAGACCAGGGUGCACUUGAUGGGGCCCAACCAGGUGAUGACAAAUACGGAAGAAAAGUCAUUUUGUUCAGUGCCUGCCGGAUGCCCCCAAGUCAUCAGCUAGAUCACGUGAAACUGCUGGGGUACCUGAAAUUCACACUUGACCAGUAUGUGGAGAGUGACUACACUCUGGUGUACCUGCACCAUGGCCUGACCAGUGAGAACAAGCCAUCCCUGAGCUGGUUACGGGAUGCCUACAGGGAAUUUGAUCGCAAGUAUAAGAAGAACAUCAAAGCCUUGUAUAUUGUGCACCCAACUAUGUUCAUCAAGACCCUCCUGAUACUCUUCAAGCCUCUGAUCAGCUUUAAAUUUGGACGAAAGAUUUUUUAUGUGAAUUACCUUAGUGAGCUGGAGGAGUAUGUGAAGCUGGAGCAGUUGGGGAUCCCAAGUCAAGUGCUAAAGUAUGAUGAAUACCUGAGAUCCCUGCAGAAACCCUUGCAAGUGCCCCAGAAGCCAACACCCGCACGCCCACCACUGCCAAACCAGCAGUUUGGAGUCUCCCUGCAGCAUCUCAGGGAGAAGAGCCCUGAUCAGUCUCCUGUUCCUCUGGUGGUCAGAGACACCAUUGCUCAUUUGCAGGAGCAUGCUCUUAAUACAGAGGGGAUUUUCCGGAGAUCAGCAAAUACACAGGUUGUCAGAGAAGUCCAGCAAAAAUACAAUAUGGGUGUGCCUGUAGAUUUCCAGGAGUAUGAAGAUGUCCACCUACCUGCUGUGAUUCUCAAGACCUUCUUGAGGGAGCUACCUGAGCCCCUCCUCACUUUUGGCCUCUACAGCCAUGUUGUCAGCUUCCAGAGUGUGGAGGAGGUGAAACGUGUGGAUGUUGUUCGCAAAACGCUCCAGGAUUUGCCUGAAGAAAACUACCAAGUGCUCCGUUUACUGACAGCCUUUCUGGUGCAGGUCUCUGCUCACAGCGACAGAAACAAGAUGACAAACACCAACCUGGCAGUUGUGUUUGGCCCAAAUCUGCUCUGGGCCAAAGAUGUGGCCAUCACUCUAAAAGCCAUCAACCCCAUCAAUACCUUUACCAAAUUCCUGCUGGACCACCAGAAGGAGCUGUUUGAGGCUGCGGAGGCCUGAAUCCAGGCCAGCCUACACCUGCACACUGUGCCCACCUUCCCCCUUCUUUGUCUUGGAGCUGUGACCAAGCUGUCUCCAGUACAAAGGGACCACUGAUCAUCUGGGUGAUGAGCAGAGUGAGGGCUGUGGAGAUGAUGGUGAAAGUGUGCAAGUAAGUGAGCAGGAGACCUGCAGCUCUGGAUGUGGAGGGGAGCUGGUUUCCCAGCUGCUGAAACUGGAGUCCUGACCCACCUGCGCAGCUCCUCCAGGGCUCAUCACCAGUCUUCUGCCCUAUCAGAUGACCUGCCUUCCUUUCCUCCUUCCCUUAUGUGCAGUUUUUCUGCCCUCCUGGUGUCUUCCUCAGCACAGAUCUUUUUAUUCAAGCUCCCAAUAGCCCCAGCUUACCCCUCCUUGCCUCAGCUGGGCUGUUUGGGCUAGGGCGGGGUUGCUGAGUUUUGUGAUGGAGACAUUCUUACUGUGAGUGCCAUUUCUCAGCCCUGAGCACGCAUCCUGCCUUUCCCCAGGGGUGCCUAAAGCAGGGAAGGGAGCAGCAGCCCUUGUGCUUCAGGUAGCAUCAUGUCCUGCACUUGCAAACACCACUCUAGACCCCCUGCUUUUGGUAGGCAGGUGAAGGACAGGCUCAUGGCAAUGGGCUGUGUUACCUGUCAGACUCCAAAACAAUGAAGGUGAGUUUAGCCCAAAGCCCAGCCCCUGUGGGGGUCACCCAUUUCAGAUACUAGUCAGUGUUUGCUGGACUGUAGUGAGUGACUUGCCUCCCGUAGUUAUCCAGCUCAGGUGUGUUUGUCCCUCCAGCUGCACUUCCAGCCUGGCUGGGAAGGUUCAUGCCAGGCCUGCCUGUGCGUUUGGGCCAGCUGUGGCCCUUUGACAGCUGGUGAGUCUGAAUGGCAGGAGCAAGUGCCCUGGUGGCAGUGAGCUGCUGAACACCAUGAGGAUCACCAUCUGUCCUGGCAGCAGUACAAGGCCUCCUCUUCUGGCACAUGUAUCUGUGCUAACUGGCACAGACCUCCUUGACUAGUUUGUUGUCUUUUUGAGCACAACUUUCCCCAACACAGUGUAACAGAGAGCAUGGCCUUGAGGGAAUGUCUAGGGACUGGGGCUAGCCCUCACCAUGGAGUGCACCAGGCCUGGAUUACAAAUAUCUGCCCAAAUGCUGAGCACUUGUGCCAAAGCUGUGAGGGAACAGCUAUUACAUGCCAAGGGCCUUGCCGUGUCUCCUCCUGGGUUCACACUUUCCACCUUGAUCAGAUGCGUCCUGGAUGCUUUGGGCACAGCUCGAGAGAUCGUGUUCUCUGCAAGGCAGGCUCAGAGUGGGGUGGUCCCGGCACCUCCCUGGAGCAGCUGCGAUACUGUUGUAGCAUCUCUGUUGGUUUGGGUUGCCUCAUUCCCAUUACCUGAGCUAAAAGAGAUCCUUCUCCUCAGCCUGGACCUGUCAGGGUUUUAGGAGGGAGCUUCUAGCCUUACUUCACUGGUGUGAUUUAUCUUUGUAUCUUGUGCCCUGUGUGCCUGGGCCAGACCUCCCUGCUGCAUCUGGCCUCAGGACAAAUCUUUUGGACCAAGCAGAGCUGGUUUUUUAAAGCUACUGGAUGCUAAAGAGAAUUUGCUUUUUCAUAACAUUUUAGCCUGCCUUUAAACACUGACCAAGGGUCGGUGUCCCUAGUGUAGUCAAAGUAAGUGGCAUCUGCUGCAGGAAUUAAGGAGAUUGCUCUUUUUGCUUACUUCUGGAAUGGGGAUGUGUGCAAACAUAGGCUGUACUGCAAGGCAACGCAGGUCCAGCCAGCUGCUUUGGAGGAGGCACACCAACAUGUGGGUGGGAACAGUGAACAAGAAAGUGAACAUUUCUAAGGCUGGAGCAAGAGAGGUUCUAAGAUGGGACUGGAUCUGGUCCUUUCUAGAUACCGGGGAGGCUUUGCCCUAUGGAGGCUAUCAGGCUGCUGACUUCUUCAAGUCUCCCUCUUCCAAGAGCAGGAGCCUUCCCUGUUUGGCCAGAAUAUGAAUUGUUUCAUCCUGAACAAUUCACAGCAGUAACUAAGUAAAUGUUUUGGAGGGAGAGAUAGUCUGCUUCUAAUUCAUUUGGGAUCUCUUCUAGAGUGAGUUAGCAGGGCUGAUGUGCCGUGGAGGAGUAAUCUGGGAUGAACUACUGUGGAGAGAGGUGUACUUCCCCCAGUGUUUAAGGGGCAGGGCUGUGAAGGCUGAGGGAGCCCAGUGCAGCCCCUCUUUCCCUGCAGGCGUCCUGCUCUGUGGAGGCUUCAGUAGGGGGAGAAGGAGACUUUGCUCUGACUGUAUCUGCAGCUGACACUGACUUCACCUUUAUCUCUGUAGAGGAAAGGCAAGUCCAGUUAACUUCUGGGACAGAUGCCUGAGCUUGGCAAUCUGGAAUCCAAGUGCCUGCGUGCAUGAGGCCUGGCCCUAUGCACUCUCUGGGGAAGGUGGCAUGUUCUGGCCUUGCAGAGCAGCAAGGACUGUUCCCUGCCCAGUAGCCAGAGGAGCAGUGCUGGCGUAGCUCCUGUCCAUGGGGAAAGUGGGGAAUACUGCAAGUGUCUGAGUUCUGGCUGGAGUUUGGUGGGUUUUUUUAGGGAUUUAGUUUGUUUUGUUUGGUUUUUUUUUUGGGUUUUUUUUUUUUUUUUUUUUUUUGUGAAUCCUUGAAAUUACAUUUCCUUUUUUAGCAAAAUAGAGGCUGAUUCAUCCCCUGCUGGCAGGGAUAAAAGCCUGCUCCAGUUCAGUGCUUACAGGGAGCAGAUUCAGAGUGUUCAGGGAACUACUACUGCUCAUGCUGGGAAAAUGCUUGCAAAUCCUGGAAGGGACCCACUGUAAAUAGCCCCUUUUCUCUGCUGCUUCUUGUGCUGGAGCUGCUGAGGACCCUGGAGCAGGCACAGUAACCAGGGUUGCUUUUGCAGUCUGUUCUCCUGAAUGCCUUGUAUUGAAAUACUCCUCCUGUGGUCUGAGCAGAGAACUGGCCUGGGCCUUCCUGUAGCCUGUGUCAGGUGGGUGGUCACAAGAGCCUGCACCUGCCAAGGCCAGGGGUUUAAAUUCCCUCCUCACAUGGGCAGGGUGCUGCCUGGGCUGGGUUUCUCUGCCUUGUAUAGGUUGGGGGUGGUAUACAAUUAAGGUGCUGGUCUGUGUUGGUUUUCUCCUUGCUAUAGAGCUGUCCAAGGGUCUCUCUCCUGUCUUAGCCUUCAGGUUAGCUAUUAGCCAUUUCUUCCUGUUGGGGGUACUUGUUCUGCACCAACCUCCUCUUUUUAGCACCUAGAACAUUCCCCUCUGCUAAGCCUCCUGCUGUCUUAAUGGCCUCUGAUCACUCCCUGUCCCAAGCUGUGAACUGACAUCAGAGCUUCUGGCUGGUGCAGGAGGUCAGGGGCCAUCCAGAUGCCUUGUGUGCUGACAUGAGAGAGCUGAGGGCCAGUUUGGUCCCAGUUUCCUUUUUUAUGCACAGGGGCUCCUGUGCAAAAAUUUCGGCUUUGCUUUUGUUGCUGCCGUUCCCUGCCUUCUUCUUUGUUGAUGUUCAUCAGGUGCAGGCCUGGGUUUUCACAGUUCACACAGUUUAUUUUCUUUUAAUCUGCACCAAUCUUGUAUUUCACAGUUUGCACUUUUUGUAUUUCAAUAAAAAUCAAAAUGUAA